AUGGAUCUUGACCUUGCAUUAAGGAUGGAUCGGCCUGCUUCUCUUACGGAUGCCAGUACCUCCGAGCAAAGGAGGAUUUAUGAGAAGUGGGACCGUUCAAACCGCAUGAGUCUUAUGAUCAUCAAGCGCGGCAUACCUGAGGCUUUUAGGGGUGCGGUGUCCGAGGAGGUCACCGAUGCCACAACUUUCCUUGCUGAAAUUGAGAAACGCUUUGCAAAAAGCGAUAAGGCAGAAACAAGUACUCUUUCAAAGAAACUUAUUUCCAUGAGGUUUAAGGGCAAGGAAAACAUAAGGGAGUACAUUAUGGAAAUGUCUCACCUUGCUUCAAAGUUGAAGGCACUAAAGCUUGAGCUUUCGGAUGACUUGCUUGUGCAUUUAGUGCUUAUCUCUCUUCCUCCACAAUUCAGUCAAUUCAAGGUCAGUUACAACUGUCAAAGGGAGAAGUGGACUCUUAAUGAGCUCAUUUCAUUUUGUGUUCAAGAGGAAGAAAGAUUGAAGCAAGAGAAGACUGAAAGUGCUCAUUUGGCAAGCACCUCUAAGGAUAAGGGCAAGAAAAGGAAGAAUGAGGCUGCUAAGGAUAAGGGUCCAGCACAUAAGGAAACAAACUCAAGCCAACAACGAUGA